ACUAGAUAGCUUUUGAGGAACGGUAGCCUAUUCUUGACGCAUAAUUAUGUCGACCCUUUUCUAGGUUGUUUAUAAAAUGUUAAUUGAUGCUAGGUAUGCAAUUGACGCAUUUUAUACGUUGCACUUCUGAUAUUGCUGAUAUUGACACCUCAUUCUGCUGUCAUUCAGAGGUUAAACCAAUAGCCACUCGAUGCUACAUUGUAUCAAUUCGAUCCACAGAUGUAUCAUUUGCCACUGUCAGUGAAACAUUGUAACAGUUUUAGAACGUGUUUAUUGUAGCCACGCAGGCAUUUCAUGUUUGUCGAGAGGAGAGGAUUGACACAUUGUAACUACAUCACUACAAUGAAUGGUGGGAGAGUUCAACUUUCAGUGCAACACUAGCUCGGAGGCUAGUUAGUUUGAGUUGUUGUGAAUUGAAGCUAACCUGCGGAUAACAGGAUAAGUAGAAUGAAGAGGAGCGUUGCCUGGAGCUGGGUGGCCAUGUUGGGUUUGACAGUCUUCCAGACCAGUUGGUCAGUAAAUCAGUCACACAGGGAUUCUGCUUCAACAUCCUGUGUGUCGGUGAGACAGGGAUAGGGAAGUCGACGUUGAUGAACACGCUGUUCAACACACUGUUUGAGGCCGAGGAGGCCAGCCACUACCAGAACGGCGUGUACCUGCGGCCCAGGACCUACGACCUGAAGGAGAGCAACGUUCAGCUCAAACUGACUGUAGUCGACACCGUGGGGUUCGGAGACCAGAUCAACAAGGAGGAGAGCUUCAAACCCAUAGUGGACUACAUCGACACUCAGUUUGAGACCUACCUGCAGGAGGAGAUGAAGAUCAAACGUUCCCUGUUCGACUACCACGACACCAGGAUCCAUAUCUGUCUCUACUUCAUCUCCCCAACCGGACACUCUCUCAAAUCACUGGAUCUGGUCACCAUGAAGAAACUGGACAGCAAGGUAAACAUCAUCCCCAUCAUUGCCAAGGCAGACACCAUAUCUAAGAGCGAGCUGCACAAGUUCAAGAUCAAGAUCAUGUCAGAGUUGGUGAGCAACGGUGUUCAGAUACACCAGUUCCCUACUGAGGACGAGGCUGUCACCGAGAUCAACUCCUCUAUGAAUGCCCAUCUGCCCUUUGCUGUGGUGGGGAGUGUUGAGGAGGUUGAAGUGGGGAAUAAGAUGGUGAAAGCCAGACUCUACCCCUGGGGAACUGUACAGGUGGAGAAUGAGAGCCACUGUGACUUUGUGAAGCUGAGAGAGAUGUUGCUGAGAGUGAACAUGGAAGACCUGAGAGAGCAGACUCACGCCAGACACUACGAGCUCUACAGACGCUGCAAACUGGAGGAGAUGGGAUUUACAGAUACAGACCCCGACAACAAACCCUUUAGUCUGCAGGAGACGUAUGUGGCCAAGAGGAAAGAGUUCCUGGGGGACCUGCAGCAUAACGAGGACGACAUGAGACAGAUGUUUGUCAACAAGGUGAAGGAGACCGAGGCAGAGCUGAAAGUAAAGGAGAGGGAGCUCCAUGAGAGGUUUGAGCAGCUGAAGAGGAUGCAUCAGGAGGAGAAGAGAAAUCUGGAGGAGAAGAGGAGCGAUCUGGAGGAGGAUAUGAACGACUUCAACAGGAGGAAGGUGGCAGCUGAGACGCUGAUGGGUCAGUCUCUACAGGGAUCCUCACAACCAUUCAGAAAGGACAAGAAGAACUUCUUUAGUCUUCCGUCUGCGUGCUCCCUAACAUCAGGAAGGAAUUUAAAUUAGAAGAAUGACUUUCUACCACACCGAAAGGAUGGCUGUUCUAAUCUUCCCCGAUUUAACUAUUAACAAUCUAUUGAGCUUACUAUUUUUUUACAGUGUGAUACAAAGCUUAAUUUUAGUAAAAAUCCCUGUAAGUCCCAAAUGGCACCCUAUUCCCGAUGUAGUGCACUACUUUUGACCAGAGCCCCUGGUCAAAAGUAGUGCACUACAUCGGGAAUAGAGUGUCAUUUAGGACGGACCCCUUGCUGUGAUGUGCUCAUUAUUCCUGAACUCUUCAAGUGAUGUUCCUACCAAUACCUGGUCCUGGAGUCUUCAAUGCAGUGCAGGCCAAGCUCAACAUAAUAUUAAACACGUUCUCUAAUGCUUAGAAAGUAUACAGGCUAUCUAUAGGGCUAUAAAGUAGUGCACUAUAUAGGGAAUAGGGUUCCAUUUUGGAUGCAAACUUGGUUCAUAAAAAUAAAAGCUGAUGCUCUAAAGCUGUCAAACUCAACGUUGGACCUCAAAGCCAGUUCUACUGCAUUAUUUUUUCCAUUGACCACGUUUACAUGUGCACAGUAUUCUGGAUAAUAUAGCUCAUAUCCUGCUUAAGGUCUUUUUCGGGAUGAGCUAUUUACAUGCACCUUUUGAUAUCCCGCUCAUGAGUAUCCCUGCAUCCAUGAAUAAACUGAAUAUUCCUCAUUUAAUUACAUGGCUUAAAUGGAUUAACUGAAAUAUAAGAUUAUAACCUCCUGUAGUGUAAUAUAAUAUUAACUCUCGCAGAAUUAUGAAUUUCUUGCAGUGAAAUUAUACAACAAAAUGUUAAUUUUGGCUGGGAAACAUGACACAGUGGAGAAUAAUAAUUAAUUAUUUUCAGCAUUUCUUGAGAAAAUGCAAAUGCACAUGUGAAGCAUUAUCUUUGAUUAUCUUUGUGUGAUGCAUUAUCUUUGACACUGUUAUGCAAGCCGACAGUAUUUCAACCGCAUCAAACAUGCACCCAAGUCGAACUGAAGUCUUAACAGAAACUUGUUUCAUCGUUUUCUCAGGUUUUUCAUUUCCUUAAAACCCUUCAAACUGAUUACAUGUUUUGGACAUUUUUCACAAGACCAAGGCUUUCCACUGUUUUGGAGUUAUUGCGUUUUCUCCCCGGUCCCUAAACGAGAAACAACUUUGCAGGUGUUAAUUUGAAUGCAUUCGUAGCCUAAUCUUUCUAUCGAUGUAAAACAUUAUUCUGGUGAUGUCACUACUUUAUUUAGUAUUCUGGGGCAAUAAAUGAUGACAGAAGUUUAUAGUUUGCAUGAAUCAAACUAUACUUGACAAAUUAACGGUCUACCAAAUGUAGGAAAUUAUAGGCAGAAAUGUUUCUAAAUUAGGGGUGAAAGUAGCCAGUAGUUAAUAAAUUACAGUAGGCUAAAUUACUAUUGAAUUGUUAUGGUGGAUAGAACUGUGCAGGUAGCCUACCUUUUUGAAGUGAUUUGACAGUCAGAUGAAAACAUCACACAAUACCCAUGAUAUGCGAAACUGAGCCUGCGUAGACCGCAAAAACCAACAGUGAACGGGAUAAGAUGUUAUCAUGCCACAGUAUCCCGUCUAACAUCAUCAUAUCGAAUGCCGUGUAAAAUCUUUGUGGGGCAUGCCAGCCGAGCCACUACACUACACAAACACAACACUAAACAAUACAUGAAUUGCAUUAUAACGGUGACAAACGGUGCCCACAAACUGUUAGGGCCUCCAUAAAGCUGUCCCAACACCUUACCACUGCUACACCUGGCUAUCAGUGGAGCCUUGUCUGUCAGCGAUACAGUUAAUUCAGCCUCAUUUACUGCCUUUAAAAUGAAACAUAGCUGAUAUGGCUGACUUGCUUAGACAAAUGUGGUUUCUACUGAACUGGGUCGCAAUUGAGAUGUACAAACUAUGGCAUAAGGGGACGACAAGCGGAUAAGAGGCAAUCCAUAAUUUGGAUUACGAGAUUGAUGAGCGAGCUAGGACUGUCUAGUCAAUAUAACUACUUGUUCAGCACCUUUGAAAUGUACAGCGACAGAAUUCAGAACAUGGGCCGUUCUUACAGUGUUCUCCCUGUACACCAAGUCAGAACCGUAGAAUAAAUAAAAUGGCACAUAAACAGACAAGUAUUCAAUGACUACAUUUCUCUUAAACGGGUUAUAGGCUACAUGUGCACCAUCAAGUUAGAACAGUAGGCGAAAUGAAUAAGGGUAAACAGACCAAAUAAUUAGGGUGAGGCACAUGGGCUACUAAAAGUUUACUUACACAACAUACACUUAUGUAUACUGUAGCUAAGAAAGUAAUACUAUCUCCCUGGCAUAUUACAUAAUGUAUGCAGCAGUAUACAAGACAUUUUUGGACUCAUCUUGUUGUGUUGUGCUCACUUGAACAGGAAGGUGGUGCGGCGGUCCUUCGUGGGCAAAUUUUGUCAUCAAACUUUGUCAUCAAAGUCUGUCAUUCUCCUCCCGGGUGGCGCAGUGGUUAAGGGCGCUGUACUGCAGCGCCAGAUGUUCCACCAGAAACACUGGGUUCGCGCCCAGGCUCUGUCGUAACCGGCCGUGACCGAGAGGUCCGUGGGGCGACGCACAAUUGGCCCAGCGUCGUCCGGGUUAGGGAGGGUUUGGCCGGUAGGGAUGUCCUUGGGGCUGGCCGGGCGCAGUGCACACUAACCAAGGUUGCCAGGUACACAGUGUUUCCUCCGACACAUUGGUGCGGCUGGCUUCCGGGUUGGAUGCGCGCUGUGUUAAGAAGCAGUGCGGCUUGGUUGGGUUGUGUAUCGGAGGACGCAUGACUUUCAACCUUCAUCUCUACCGAGCCCGUACGGGAGUUAUAGCGAUGAGACAAGAUAGUAGCUACUAAACAAUUGGAUACCACGAAAAAGGGGAGAAAAAGGGGGUAACAAAAAAAAAGUCUGUCAUUCUCUGGACUAAUGGUGCUUUCAAGACAACUGUGAAAAGAACAAGGUUGAAUCAUGAUGACGUUAUUGAUCUUUAGGUCAUAGCUCUAGAAAGAGGCCAAAGUUCACACUUACAAUUCGGAGUUGGACGACCGUUCAAAACAGAGUUCCCAGACAGGAAGUCCAGUGUUGAAUGUUUAUCAUUUUUAACUUGAACAAGAGAUCCUUUAACCCAGACUUGGGACCACACACCCACUCCACUGAAUAGCAGGCUAGUGAUUGCUUUGCUGUGCUUGCAGUUAGCCACUGAUUCCUUCCAAACCACUCAUUGUUGAAUUUUUAAUUUCCAACUUGUUGUGUAAUUUUUAAUUGUAUUACAUUUUGGAUUAUUUUUUAUUUAACCUUUAUUUAACUAGGCAAGUCAGUUAAAAACAAAUUAUUAUUUACAAUGACGGCCUACCAAAAGGCAAAAGGCCUCCUGUGGGAAAAGGGGCUGGGAUUUUAAAAAAAAUAUAUAGAUAUAGGACAAAAAACACACAUCACGACAAGAGAGACAACACAACACUACAUAAAGAGAGACCUAAGACAACAACAUAGCAAGGCAGCAACACAUGACCACACAGCAUGGUAGCAACACAACAUGACAACAACAUGGUAGCAACACAACAUGGUAGCAACACAAAACAUGGUACAAACAUAAUUGGGCAUAGACAACAGCACAAAGGGCAAGAAGGUAGAUGUUUAUGUCCAAUGGUCGAUGAGCACUGAUACGUUUUAUCUUCAUUAUUUCUCUUCAUAUGACAACGAUUAAAAAGGAUUUACCGCUAGAUUGUCGACUUGAUUCAUGAUGGUGACUGCUAGCUAAGAUUUUGAAGUCCAAUCAAAGCUACUGUAGAUAUAACGUGAUUUGACGUCAUUUUAUCUGUGGCCAAUGACCUUGAGCCUUCUUGGAAGGGCACUUCUUAUGUAAGUCUAUGGCAGCACCCAAGGGGCUUGAAUUUUCAAGCUCUACCCUUAGAUUUGGCGGUAACAUAGUGUCCCCAUGAGUGACAGAACACUGAGCCAAUCACGGCGCAACUAGAGAACAUUACCCACCCCUACACUCUGUAUUUUCCGCUGGCUGCCCCACCACCACAGAAAGCACUGAGCUAGGCUGAAACACCUGCAUUUUGGAGCUGCCUUACUCAACAAAGCAAAAAAGAGACCAUGUAUGUGGCUUUAUUGACUCAAUUAUUUAAAAAAAUAUGUUGUUUACAUUGUUUGCAAACUGAUAUGUGACUGGUAUUAAUUCCAAAAAAAACAGGCAACCCAAAUAAAUUUAGGGCUCAACGCGCCACCUGCCUUGAAAAUACAGGUCGCCACUGAUCAUAUCCCAUGCAUCUUAUCCAGGUUUAUCAGAACCGGGUUACAAGCUUUUUCGGGUUAUUAUAAAUGAGAUAUGAUGUUUAUAUGCGUCAACUCAAAAACGGAAUACUUGAGUAUCCCGAAUAAUAACGGGAUAUUGGUGUGCAUGUAAACGUGGUCAUUAUUGUUCCCCCUCUAAUCAGGGACUGAUUUAGACCUGGGCCACCAGGUGUGUGCAUUAACACACCUGGGCCACCAGGUGUGUGCAAUUAAUUAUUAGGUAGAACAGAAAACCCGCAGGCGCCGGACCUCGUAGGGUCCGUUGAAUGCCCUGCUCUACAGCAUGCUUCUCUGCAUGGCAUUUUACAGAUGGAUUUAAAUAAGCAUUAGACAACUAGCCUUGCUGCCAGUCUUUUUCUAUUCUAGAAAGCAGUUGGCAAGAGAGCAGAAGCAGACUGGCACCCAGGCUAUAAUAUAACAAUAUUCAGAUUAAAAGCCCCCAGAGGUUAUAAAUGAAUUAACGAAUGUGCUUUCCUUGCUGUUGUCUACCCCCCCCCCCCCAGGUUACUGUUCUAAUUAGGGUUGCAACUUUCUCUUGGGACAGGGGGGAACAUUCUGAAAUGGCCUUUUUGUCCCCCCCCCUCCCCCAAAGUUUUAUCAUUGGAAUGUGAUACAAAACGGGGCAACGGUGUGCUUUAGGACCAUGCAGACGCCUCUGAGCAGUCGGGUCGGCUGUUUGGAGUGUAUAUCCGACUGGAUAACAAAAAUAUAUAUAAUUAUGUCCCCCCCACUUCUAAAACCAAAGUUGCGCCCCUGGUUUUAUUUAUUGCCUUUGACUAGUAACUUGUCUUAUUACACUGUGAAGCUGUAGUGUAUGAGUUUCAUUAAGGGUGCUGCAACCUGUAUGAAGUUGUUAGGGUUGUCUAUUUAUAAGGAAUAAGAACUUGAUUUAACAUACUGACUUUGUGGACCCCCCCGCAUAUGAUCUAUGGAUUAGUAUGCCUACUUAGAAAUAAUAAUGUGAUUUGUGGGGUGGUGUUAACAGUUGGGAAUGUAUAAUUUGAUGGCUAUAGAUGAAUCAUUAAGGUGGAUUGUUGAAUUUGUCUGAAAUUGAGAACAAUACGAGACACUAAAACUACUGAAAAAUAUUAAUAUUAUCCUGAAGUGUCCAAGAGUUUAACUAUAAUACCUUGAAAUAUGUUAUCUUAUAAAAGUUAUUGAUUAUACCCUAUCUUGUAUAGAUUCGUUUUUGCUCGCUAUGAAUAA